AUGUCUUCAAAAAUGGUGUUUGUUUUUGUCUUCAUUGCACUCUUUGCACGUUCAGUUACACCAAUUUUGUGCCAAGUUUCAGAAUUCAUCAGCAUAGAUUGUGGAGGGAACAAAAAUUACACUGAUCCAGCCACUGGCUUAGUUUGGACCUCUGAUAAUGAAAUUAUGAGUCAUGGGAAGCCAGUGCAAGUGGAACAAAGUACAGAUGAUAACUCAGUUUCAGCACCACAGUAUAACACAAGAAGAGAAUUUCCCAUAGACAACAACAAGUAUUGUUACAGGUUCAAUGCUGAAGAAAGGAGAAGAUACAUUGUGAGGGCAACAUUUUUGUAUGGCAAUUCGAUGACUGGGGAUCCAUAUCCAAAGUUCCAGCUUUACUUGGAUGCAACUAAAUGGUCUACCGUAUCAAUCUCUGAUGCCUCAAGAGUUUAUAUCAAAGAAAUGAUCAUCCGGGCACCUUCUAAUUCAAUAGAUGUUUGCUUGUGUUGUGCAACUACUGGAUCCCCCUUUAUAUCUACUCUUGAGCUGAGGCCAUUGAAUUUGUCAAUGUAUGCUACAGAUUAUGAAGAUGACUUCUACCUGAAAGUCGCAGCAAGAGUUAAUUUUGGAGCUCUCAGCAAGGAUCCUUUGAGGUAUCCAGAUGAUCCAUAUGAUCGAAUUUGGAGUUCUGAUCAAGAAAAAAGACAAAAUUAUCUUGUAGGGGUGGCUCCUGGCACAGAAAGAAUUAACACAACAAAGUAUAUAGAUACAAACACAAGGGAGUACCCUCCGGUAGGAGUAAUGCAAACUGCAGUUGUUGGCACAAUGGGGAGGCUCACUUACAGGUUGAAUUUGGAGGAUUUCCCAGCAAAUGCUCGAGCUUAUGCAUAUUUUGCUGAGAUUGAAGAUCUGCCCGCAAAUGAAACAAGAAAGUUCAAAAUGGAACAGCCUGCCACUGAUUAUAGCAAUGCAGUUGUGAAUAUAGCUGAAAAUGCUAAUGGAAGUUACACGCUGUAUGAGCCGAGUUAUAUGAAUGUUUCAUUGGAUUUUGUGCUGUCGUUCUCCUUUGUGGAAACCAGGGAUUCUUCUCGAGGGCCACUGCUUAAUGCCAUUGAGAUAAGCAAAUAUGUGCAGAUAGCCGCAAAGACAGACGGCAAAGAAGUGAGAACCCUUGAUGCCAUUAAAUCAAUGUCUUUGGCGAGUGAUUGGGCGCAAGAACAAGGUGAUCCUUGUUUACCUACUCCCUGGGAAUGGGUUGUGUGCAGUGAUACCAUACCGCCUAGAAUUACAAAGAUUGUUCUUUCAGGUAAGAAUGUGCAUGGUGAAAUCCCAACAGAGCUCGGAAACAUGGAAGGAUUGACAGAGUUGUGGUUAGAUGGAAACUUUCUCACAGGUCCCAUCCCUGACAUGAGUAAUCUCGUCAAUCUUAAAAUCUUGCAUUUAGAAAAUAACAAACUGACUGGUCCGCUACCCCCGUACAUUGGCAGUUUGCCAAAUUUAAAGGAAAUAUAUGUACAGCGCAAUUCGUUGAGGGGUGAAAUACCUCCAGAAUUGUUAACCGGAAAAGUCAUAUUUAGAUAUGAAGAUACUCAUCUAAGAAGGCAGGGCAAUAAAAAGAAGCAUUACAAAGUGAUACUUGGAAUUUCAGUUGGAUUGCUUACAUUUCUUUUUGUCCUAUUUAUGGGAAGCAUACUCGUACUUCAGUAUAUUAGAACAAAGAAACGUUACAAGAAAUUCAAUGACAUAGAUAAAGGAGCUACUAGUUCUUUGCGAACCAGCACAAAACCAUCGACCAAUUAUUCAAUCGCAAUACGUGGGACAUCUCUAAUGGAUGAAGGUGUAGCGUGCUAUAUCCCCCUCAGUGAAAUCGAAGAAGCAACCAGUGGCUUCUCAAGGAAAAUUGGACAAGGAAGUUUUGGACCAGUAUAUUAUGGAAAAAUGAAAGAUGGAAAGGAGGUAGCAGUUAAGAUUAUGGCUGAUUCCUCGAGCCAUGGGGCCCGACAAUUCGUUACUGAGGUUGCUCUCCUGUCAAGGAUUCAUCACCGGAAUCUGGUUCCAUUGAUAGGCUACUGCGAGGAAGAACAUCAGCGAAUGCUCAUCUAUGAAUACAUGCACAAUGGGACGUUGCGUGAUCAUAUAAUUGGCACCAAUACGGAGAAGCAUUUGGACUGGCUCACACGGCUUCGCAUUGCAGAAGAUGCAGCCAAAGGACUUGAGUAUUUGCACACUGGAUGCAACCCAACAAUUAUUCACCGGGAUGUGAAAACAAACAACAUACUUUUGGACCAUAAUAUGAGAGCUAAAGUAUCUGAUUUUGGACUUUCGAGGCAAGCUGAAGAAGAUAUAACACAUAUAUCCAGUGUCGCUCGAGGAACCAUUGGGUACCUAGAUCCUGAGUACUAUGCAAAUCAGCAGUUGACAGAAAAAAGUGACGUUUACAGCUUCGGAGUUGUUCUUUUGGAGCUUAUAUCUGGAAGGAGGCCUGUCUUCUUUGAGGAAUAUGGCAGUGAAUGGAGCAUUGUGCACUGGGCGAGAUCAUUAAUCCGGAAAGGAGACGUGAUCAGCAUAAUAGACCCAACAUUAGCAGGGAAAGUGAAAAUGGAAUCAGUGUGGAGGAUGGCUGAAGUGGCAAUACAAUGUGUGGAGCAACAUAGUUCAGGUAGGCCAAGGAUGCAGGAAAUCAUAUUGGCAAUUCAAGAAGCUGCUAAGAUUGAGAGAGGAGAUGAUCAAAAUGAUAAAGCAUCAUCCACCGUUGGAGGAAGUUCAUCAAGAGGAACAUAUUCUUCCAGAAAGACACUCUUAACCAGCUUUCUUGAUAUCGAAAGCCCUGAUCUUUCUAGGGAUUCAAUAGCCCCAUCUGCUAGAUAA